GGCAGCGCGGCAGCUGCGGGGCGUGGGGGCGGUGGCGGCGGCGGCGGCCAAGGCCGAGACCGAGGCGGCGGAGACUGAGGCGAAGGCGGCGGUUGCUUAGCCGGUGACGGUGCUCCCCCGGACCCCCUUCCAGGCCCCAUGGAGGCGGCGGCGGGCGGGGGCUGCGGCUCUGGGCCGCCUCUGCUGCUGAGCGAGGGCGAGCAGCAGUGCUACUCCGAGCUCUUCGCGCGUUGCGCCGCCGCCGGCGCCGCAGGCGGGGGCCCCGGGUCCGGGCCCCCUGAGGCCGCCAGAGCCGUCCCCAGCGCGGCCACCGCAGCCGCGGGCCCUGUGGCCGACCUGUUCCGGGCGUCACAGCUGCCCGCCGAGACGUUGCACCAGAUCACAGAACUGUGUGGUGCAAAGCGGGUUGGUUAUUUUGGUCCAACACAGUUUUACAUUGCCUUAAAAUUGAUUGCUGCAGCACAGUCUGGCCUUCCUGUACGGAUAGAGAGUAUUAAAUGUGAACUGCCGCUGCCUCGCUUUCUGAUGUCAAAGACCGAUGCUGAGAUCCGAUUUGGGAACCCGACUGAACUGCAUGGAACUAAGGUUCAGAUUCCAUAUUUAAUCACAGAAAAAAAUACCUUCAAAAGAAUGGACGAUGAGGAUAAACAGCAGGAAACACAGUCUCCCACGAUGUCACCCCUCGCCUCCCCUCCUUCUUCCCCGCCUCAUUACCAGAGGGUGCCCUUGAGCCAUGCCUACGGCAAACUGCGGAGCAACACGGAGCAGAUGCAUCCAGCUCCUUAUGAAGCUAGACAGCCCCUUGUCCAGCCUGAAGGACCCUCAUCGGGGGCCCCAGGAACCAAACCCCCUCGCCAUCAGGCUUCCCUUAUUCGGUCCUUUUCCGUGGAGAGAGAACCGCAGGAUAACAACAGUAAUUACCCAGAUGAACCCUGGAGGAUAACAGAAGAACAGCGCGAGUACUAUGUCAAUCAGUUCCGAUCCCUUCAGCCUGACCCGAGCUCCUUCAUUUCAGGUUCUGUGGCCAAGAACUUCUUCACCAAAUCAAAGCUUUCCAUUCCAGAACUCUCCUACAUAUGGGAACUGAGUGAUGCUGACUGUGACGGAGCCCUGACCCUGCCUGAGUUCUGUGCUGCGUUUCAUCUCAUUGUGGCCCGGAAAAACGGCUACCCGCUGCCAGAGGGCCUGCCUCCGACUCUGCAGACAGAGUACCUGCAAGCAGCUUUUCCUAAGCCCAAGCGGGAGUGUGCAUUAUUUGAUUCUUAUUCUGAGUCAAUGCCUGCAAACCAACAACCCCGUGACUUGAAUCGGAUGGAGAAGCUAUCUGUUAAAGACAUGGCUGACUUUCCUGUCCCAACUCAAGAUGUGACUAGUGAUGACAAACAAGGUUUGAAAAGUACUGCGGAUGAAGCCUUACCAAAGGACGUGUCUGAGGAUCCAGCCGCUUCUAAGGAUUCCAACAGCCUCAAAGCAAGACCAAGAUCCAGAUCUUACUCUAGCACCUCCAUAGAAGAGGCCAUGAAAAGGGGCGAGGACCCUCCCACCCCGCCACCGCGGCCACAGAAAACCCACUCCAGAGCCUCCUCCUUGGAUCUGAAUAAAGUCUUCCAGCCCAGUGUGCCAGCUACUAAGUCAGGAUUGUUACCUCCGCCGCCUGCGCUCCCUCCAAGACCUUGUCCAUCACAGAUUUCCCAUCUCAGGGUAAACAGUAAGCGCAGUGCUCAGCGCAGGCCUCCAACUCAGCUGCCUAACUAUGGAGAUUUCAGACUGCAGAAACAGUCUGAGCAAGCGCCUGAGGCUGAAAUACACCCCCAGCUGAACAGAGCCCCCUCCCAAGCUGCAGAGAGCAGUCCAGCAAAGAAGGACAUACCGUAUUCUCAGCCUCCAUCAAAGCCCAUCCGAAGGAAAUUCCGACCUGAAAACCCAGCUACAGAAAACCAAGACACUUCUACCGCUGUUGGUGGGCCAGCAUCGGCAGCGACUGUGAAACCCCACGCGGCAGUCCAAAAACAGUCUUCCAAACAGAAGAAGGCUAUUCAAACUGCUAUCCGCAAAAAUAAAGAGGCAAACGCGGUGCUGGCCCGGUUGAACAGUGAACUCCAGCAGCAGCUCAAGGAGGUUCAUCAAGAACGGAUUGCAUUGGAAAACCAAUUGGAACAACUUCGUCCAGUCACUGUGUUGUAAUCCCCAAGAUUCAAGUAACAGUGGGCGACUUUUUCUGCCAAGAUCUUUCCUUUGAAUGUUUCAACCCAACUACUUGUCAUAGAUGUCCAAGACUGUGUGAAAAGCUGUGAGCGGCAGAAUAUAAUCCAUAUUUCCUUUUCUCUUGUAGUUCACUUGUACCUUUUACUCUGGUGGAAAAAAUACAACCAGUUAUCACACUUGAAA